AGACUAGUUAAUUACCACAGGAAGCCCAAAUUACUACCCGUGAUGCACUUCGUUAAAUGGAUCCCAUAAUACAGCACGCGCCUUCGACUCGUCCUUCUUUACCUUCUAGGACAAGAUACCACCAAUGGCGGACGCAGAACCAGCCGGUGGACGUGGGGGAUUUCGCGGUGGGUUUGGUGGGCGAGGACGCGGCAGGGGUCGUGGGCGUGGCCGGGGAAGAGGCCGGGGACGUGGAAAGGCUGAGGACAAAGAGUGGGUUCCAGUCACUAAGCUAGGACGUCUGGUCAAAGAUUUGAAGAUCAAAACCUUGGAACACAUCUACUUGUUCUCCCUUCCAAUCAAGGAGUUUGAAAUCAUUGAUUUCUUCCUUGGUGCAGCUCUGAAGGAUGAAGUCCUGAAGAUCAUGCCUGUCCAGAAACAGACCAGGGCCGGACAGCGUACACGCUUCAAGGCAUUUGUUGCCAUUGGAGACUCCAAUGGCCAUGUUGGCCUGGGUGUUAAGUGCUCCAAAGAAGUUGCCACAGCUAUCAGAGGUGCCAUUAUUCUAGCCAAACUGUCAGUCAUCCCUGUGCGUCGUGGUUACUGGGGGAACAAGAUCGGAAAGCCUCAUACUGUACCCUGCAAGGUCACUGGAAAGUGUGGCUCCACUCGUGUGCGCCUGAUCCCAGCUCCCAGGGGUACAGGCAUUGUCUCCGCCCCUGUCCCUAAGAAGCUCCUUCAGAUGGCUGGCAUUGAGGACUGUUAUACAUCCACACGAGGACAGACAGCUACUCUUGGCAACUUUGCCAAGGCCACCUUUGCUGCCAUUUCUGAGACCUAUGCCUACUUGACCCCAGACAUGUGGAAGGAGACUGUGUUCACCAAGACACCCUACCAAGAAUUCACUGACUACCUGUCCAAGAACCACUCCGCUGGACGAUCAGCUGCUGCUGCUGCUGCGGCGGCUGCUAGUGCUGUUGCAGCCGAACCAGCUGCCCCUAAGGCCUAUUAGCAUGGAAACACAAUGUAAUAAAGUGAUCAAAUGGU